AUGAAUCUUGUUGGCUAUGACUUCCAUUCGACGGGCGGGCCCCAAGCGGUGUCCUGGCCGCCCUACCGCCACCCGGCCAUCCCCCGCUUCGCCGCCGCGUUCGCCGAGGCCGGGGUGCCUCCGCGCCUGGACAUCAACGCCCGCGGCCAGCUGGGCCACUCGGUGAUCCAGACGACGGCGGCGGGCGGCGAGCGCUGGAGCACGUACCGAGGCUACCUCCAGCCCGCCCUCGGCAGGCCGAACCUCCGCGCCAUCACCUACGCCACCGUCACCGAGGUCCUGUUCCACCACGACCAGGGCUUGCCGCCCAAACCCCGGGCAUCGGGCGUCAAGUUCCGCGAUGCGGCAGGCCAGGUGCGUGUCGUCCGGGCCAGAAGGGAGGUCGUUCUGACGGCAGGAGCUCUGCACACACCGCAGAUCCUCAUAUUGUCGGGCAUUGGACCAGCGCAAGAUCUCCAGGCCCUGAACAUCCCCGUCGUGUCGGACUUGCCCGUGGGCCGAGGGCUGCAGGACCAUCCCGGACCCAGCGGCAUGGCGUUCGACUGCACGCCGCCCCUGUGCCACGUGGACUGGGAGCACCGCCGCCAGGACCUCCAGGACUACGGCCGGCACCGCGGCGGCCCGCUGUCCUCGGCCAGCCUCCUGCAGCUCACGGCCUUCCUGCGGACGACGCCCGAACCGCCGCGCGGGCCGAGGCCGGCCGAGCAGCCGGACCUGCAGAUCGUCCUGGACGGGACGGUGGUGUCAGACGACGGCACGGUGUGCCUGGACAGCGACGAGUGGCGCAUGAACCGCAUUUCUAUGCAAUCCGUCGCACUCCAUCCGCGCAGCCGUGGCAGCGUCCACAUCAACUCUUCGGACCCUUUAGGACCCCCGCUCGUUCGGCUCGGCUACUUCACCGACGACGCAGACCACGACCUGUCGGUGGUGGUGGCGGGCCUGCGCCUGGCACUGCGAAUGGAAGGGCCACUCCGGAAGCGUGGACUCGCGCUGAGCCGCGACCCUCGCCUUGCGCCGGCCUGCACGCACCUCGCCUUCGGGUCGGACGAGCACCUGCGGUGCCUGGCGCGGACGACCACCUACACGACGUGGCACUUCGUGGGCACGUGCCGCAUGGGCGCCGUGGUCGACACGCGCCUCCUGGUGCGCGGCGUGCGCGGACUGCGAGUCGCCGACGCGUCGGUCAUCCCCACGCUCACCAGCGGCAACACCAACGCGCCCACCAUCAUGGUGGCUGAGCGCGCUGCCGACUUCAUCAAGCAGGACCACCGGGAGCUGUACCGAGCCUCGGCCUAGUCAACGGGAUGGACGGGAAACGGCGUUCUUGACAUGACAAACAGAUAACGA